AGAGAAAGGGAAUCUCACUGGUUUCUCACUCUUAGCAUUUAAAAUGCAUUUUAAAAUUCAACUAUUUAUACAGUGUUUUAAGUUAGAGAAUGAUCUUUCUAUGAAGUGCUGUGAGAAAUUCAACAAUCAUUACAGAAUAUGGAAGAUAACAGGCAGACCACAAUAUGGGCAUAUACACAUAUAUUUAGUAAUACCUUUUCCAUCCAUAAAUCCGACAAAAAUCUUAUAGGAUGGCUAGUUUACAUGAUUUUUAACUACAAGGAUGUGGCUUAAAUUUUAGAAAGAAUUUUAUAACAUAAAAGAAAAAUUUAAGUUAUUACUUUAAUUCCAAAUGAUCAAAUUUUUACCAAGAGUUUAUAUAUGCAUCACCAGAAAGCUUGCAACUGAAGCAUGACACUUAAGAAAAUAAAAAUUCUAAAGUAAAUGCUUAAAUUGCCAUUUGUUAAUUGUUACCUAUAUGUAAUGUUUAAUGUCUGUUUCAGUUUUCCUAGUGCAAUUUAAAUUAGAAAUAAAUAUAGAGUAUGGUGUUCUCCUUAGGUCAGGUAGAAAGAUGAGGAAAACAUUCCUUGCGCUUUAUACAUAGGGAAUAUUUUCAAAUUUCUAAUCUUCAAAGAUUAUCUUUUUUUGAAAUCAUCAUUUGAAAAUCACUCUAUUGCUAUACAUUCUUUUUCUUUUCUUUCGUUCUUUUUUUUUUUGCAAUUUUUGGCCGGGGCUGGGUUUGAACCCACCACCUCCAGCACAUGGGGCCAGUGCCCACCCCUUUGAGCCACAGGCAUCACCCCUUUCGUUCUUUUUUUGCAGUUUUGUCCAGGGCUGCGUUUGAACCCGCCACCUCUGGCAUAUGGGCCAGCGCCUUACCCCUUUGAGCCAGAGGCGCCACUCUGCUAUACAUUCUUGAGUAUAUGAACUUCAAUAAAAUAAGAAAAGCAGUAAAUAUUAGAGUUUAAAACUUUAUCAUUAAAUAAUAUAUACAGUAAAACAUAAUUUACAUUUUCCCAUCUAAGUGCAGAAAAUCCCACUCUAUUUCUUCAUCUCUCUUUGGAGCAGGAAAGAAUGACCUGACUCUGUAUUUUGUGUUUUCCAACGUUUAAACAUGAACAACGUUUUUGUUCAGAGGCUGCAUCGCAAUUUCUGGAAUUUAUGACCUUUGUGAGUUUUGCUUUUCUAGAAGGUGGAACAUAAACAAUUCAGUUCACAUCCCAUAUAUAUAAAAUACAUACAUAAACACACAAUAUAUAUUACAAAGCUGAUCAGGCUCAGAGGAAGACUGAACAACACUAGUCUUUCCUGAUUUCCACGAUAUAAUCUACAUCAGAUGCUGGGAGGCAGUUGGCCUCUCCGGGCUGAGGCACCACGGGGGGGCUGCUCCGAGCAGACUUUGGGCAAAGCUGUUUGCUGGACCAGACGCCAACUUGGCAAGGUUAUACUGCUGGCGAACACAUAUUAGACAGAAUAAUGUCUCCACAGACUCAACCAAGCCAAACAUAAACGGCCCUUUCAGCACGAGUCUAAGAGGAGGGAUGUUAUUGUGCCCGACAACCCAAUCUACUUUUAACGGGAUCCCCCAAACCCGAGUUUCCUAAUGCCAUCUGCCUCACAAGGCUCAGAAUUGAAGCCCAGGUUGGCGUCAGGACAAGUGCCAAAGCAUCCGCCCCUUUCUUUUACAUAACUUCUCCACCCACUUGCCAAGUGCAACUUUUGAAUGGAUUCAGGAGUAAGGCAGGAUAUCUAGGAAGCCGAAGAGGUGAGAAAAAGCACGCUGGCAACGCGCAGGGUUCGCUGCCCUGGCGUGAAGAAAAAAAGGCGGGCGCGGGGACAGGCGGCUGGUGGCACGGGACACGCCUUGCUCGGGGGGAAAGGGGGCGGGGGUCACGUGCCAGUCACAGGGUUCUCAGCUCCCGCGCGCCAGGGGGGCUCGCCAGCGUCCUAGGCUGCCCGCUGAUCACCGCUGGGAAGGCGAGUAUCCAGGUCCGGGCACUGUGCCCCUCGUGCAGCCUGAGACCGCGUGGCACGAAGGCGCGUCGGCAUCCAUGCGGGUCCGGGAACUAGAGGCACUCGUAGCCUGAGGCGUGUGAUGUGAGGCUGAGCGUGUGGCGGCCCGCGUCGUGUCCCGCUGAACCCGGCGCGGGAGGACAGGGGCGCGCUCCAACUCUGCUGGCCGCGCGCGGGGCGGGGCGGGGCGCGGCUGGGGGGACCGGCAGCCCGAGGGGAGCUGCGGUGGAGCAGGCGCGCUGCGGACCCGAGGGAGGGCAUGGUUAAAGCACUGCUAUCAACUGCGAGCCGAAAGAACCCCUCCUAAGCCCACACAGUAACUCUCCAGCCUCCCUCACGCCCCCGAACCACCGAAGGCGGCGACACCUGAUCCAGCGCACAAACACGGGUCCCUUCUGUUCCGGAUACAAUUACGCGGCAGAGACACACUAGGACUCACGCAGAGCAGCCAAGAGACAAGCUAUGAAGGCUUACACUUCAUAUUUCAUGCUCCUGUGGAGUGCUGUUGGGAUAGCAAAGGCUGCCAAAAUCAUCAUCGUGCCGCCAAUUAUGUUCGAAAGCCAUAUGUACAUUUUCAAGACGCUGGCCUCAGCCUUGCACGAGAGAGGCCACGAUACAGUGUUCCUCCUCUCAGAAGGCAGAGACAUCGCCCCAUCUAAUCACUACAGCCUCCAGCGCUACCCAGGGAUCUUUAACAGUACCACCUCGGAUGCUUUCCUGCAGUCAAAAAUGCAGAAUAUUUUCUCUGGGAGAUUAACAGCAAUAGAACUGUUUGAUAUACUGGAUCACUAUACUAAGAACUGUGACAUGAUGGUUGGCAACCAUGCCCUGAUCCAGAACCUGAAGAAAGAAAAGUUUGACCUGCUGCUGGUGGACCCCAAUGAUAUGUGUGGGUUUGUGAUAGCUCAUCUUCUGGGGGUUAAAUAUGCUGUAUUUUCAACCGGCCUUUGGUAUCCUGCCGAAGUGGGAGCUCCCGCUCCCUUAGCUUAUGUUCCAGAGUUUAAUUCCCUCCUCACAGACCGCAUGAACUUGCUGCAAAGGAUGAAAAAUACCGGCGUUUACCUCAUUUCCAGAUUAGGGGUCAGCUUUCUGGUUCUUCCCAAAUAUGAAAGGAUAAUGCAGAAGUACAACCUGCUGCCCCAGAAGUCCAUGUAUGAUUUGGUUCACGGGUCCAGCCUGUGGAUGCUGUGUACUGAUGUAGCCCUGGAGUUUCCAAGACCCACUCUGCCUAACGUGGUUUAUGUAGGAGGAAUCCUAACCAAACCGGCCAGCCCGCUACCAGAAGAUCUCCAAAGGUGGGUAAAUGGUGCUAAUGAACAUGGCUUUGUCCUGGUGUCUUUUGGAGCCGGUGUGAAGUAUCUGUCAGAAGACAUUGCUGACAAACUGGCAGGAGCUCUGGGGAGAUUGCCUCAAAAAGUGAUUUGGAGGUUUUCUGGACCCAAACCAAAGAAUCUGGGAAACAACACUAAGCUCAUAGAAUGGCUACCACAAAAUGACCUGCUCGGGCAUUCAAAUAUUAAAGCCUUCCUGAGCCAUGGUGGUCUGAACAGUAUUUUUGAAACCAUGUAUCAUGGUGUGCCUGUAGUGGGGAUCCCACUCUUUGGAGACCAUUAUGAUACAAUGACCAGGGUGCAGGCGAAGGGCAUGGGGAUAUUACUCGAAUGGAAGACAGUUACUGAAGGAGAGCUCUAUGACGCACUGGUGACGGUUAUCACUAAUCCCAGCUACCGCAGGAGGGCUCAGAAGCUUUCGGAAAUUCACAAGGAUCAACCGGGCCACCCUGUCAAUAGGACUAUCUACUGGAUAGAUUACAUUCUCCGUCACAACGGAGCCCACCACCUGCGUGCCGCAGUCCACCAGAUCUCUUUCUGUCAGUAUUUUUUACUGGAUAUUGCCUUUGUGCUUUUGCUUGGUGCUACCUUGUUUUACUUCCUCUUGUCCUGGGUGACAAAAUUUAUCUACAGAAAAAUCAAAAGCCUAUGGUCUAGAAAUAAGCAUAGCGCAGUGAAUGGACAUUACCACAAUGGAAUCCCCAAUGGCAAGUACAAAAGAAACGGCCACAUUAAACAUGAAAAGAAGGUGAAGUGAGCCAAUAGCCCGGGGCACAGACACGAAUCUGUUCCGUCAUCGUCAUCGGAUGGUUGUCACCAUUAUUUAGUCUAAUAGCUACUAAAAGCAAAACAUCGGUAAACAAUUCUAACACCCCCUUAUCAGAUUUUACUAAUGAAAUUCUGUGGAAUUAAGAUAGCUGUAAAAAGCACAAACCUAAAAGGCAAAAAUGUGUUUUAAUCAAAUACUGAUACAGAGAGUUUUGGCACUGAACAUUGUAGAAGCCUUAAUUAUUUAAAUCAACUAAGUGAACCCAUGUCAGGCCUUAGUUUUAAAUCUUGAUAUGUUUGUGUCCCCAAAUAAGGAAUGGUUUCAUUUUCUUAAUAAGAAUUUUUUGUGUGUGUGUGUGCGCGCGCGUGUGUGUCCUAAUUAAGAGAAAUUUUUUAGCAGCUGCUUGCUAUAUUUGUUGAAGGUACACCACAUUCAGGAAUGAAUUAGAAAGAUAGGAUCCAAAUGUCUCCCUUCUGUCAUUUAAUGUAUGUGAAUUCAGAGCACUACCACGAACGAACACUUUUCCCUCGAAACUGGACACAGAGGAAGAUAAUGCAAAGAUAAAAGGAACAGUUUUUUUGUACUUUUUGUUUGUUUCAGUUGUUUUGUGUUUGUUUUCCUUUUGUUACAGACUAUGGACACUAUUGGGGGAAAAUAUGUAAUUAAGUAAAUGUAUAUUUGUUGUCACAUUUUACUUCUGUGUUCCCACUACUGAUAAUUUUCCUGUGGAAGAAUUUUAGUGUUUUUUUUUUUCUAUUUCAUUUUAAUGAGAGCAUUAUGUUAAAUGUACAAUUAAGACAAAGCUACAAAACUCUGACUUUUGUUCAAAGUAUUGAAGAUUAUUGUUUAUGUGGCAUUUUUAAAUAGGGACAUCGUUUGAAUGUUUGUGUAACUGAUGGCUUUUCUAUAAUGUAACUUUGGAAUGUUCAGGUGUUACAUCUGCAAAAUUUUAACUUUGAAAAACCACGUUCUUCUUCCCUUUUAUUAUUUGGGCCACACCGUCUACUUAUAUAGGUGCCAACUUUUAAUUCUUUUAAAUGGAAUAUUUGCCAUUGUCCCUAUUGGUACCUGAUUUGUCUGGAAAUUUUUGAGAUCUUGAUAACAAAACAGACUACACAGAUAUACAUAAAAUGACAGAGAAAUUGUACCACUUGUGUAAAAAGUUCCUGCUUUCUUGCUCACUCCCUCAGCCCUCACGUAGGCAGCCUUUUCCAGUCCUUGUGGCUGACAUGGAAAAGUGACAGUAUUCAUUUGAGAACAGGGAUGUCAGUCAUAGACAUCAUAAAAUCGGGACCUCCCUGCUGAACCAUUCGCUGAGUGACAACCGAGUCUAUUCCAUGUCAUUCUGUUUACUUAGCAUUUGCACUACACAUGUUGAGUGUAUGCUUUAUUUAUUUGUAGUUGGAAACCCCACAUCUGACAGCUGAGAGUAGACAAAUACAACAUUUUGCCUAAUGGCGUUCACUAACAUGGAAGAGUUGUGAAAAUUCCGGAAUGUUGUAAAUCCUUGUCGUACACUAUGACAGACACCGUCAUUACAGUCCCACCAGGAGCCACUCUGCUAUACGUAGAAAUAACGUCACAAGUAGUUUCCUAAUAUGCGAUGCAGGCAAAUGUUCUGCCCUCUGAAUACUUGAAGAAAUGGUAUUAUACAUAGAAGCCUAUUAUACCUUUUCACAAUCUUAUCACAACUUUGCCGUUAAAAGGGAAAAAGACACAGGCAAUGAGUGGUGGGAUAGUAAAGGGACUUAGAGUGUAUGAAUGAGUUGAUUUCACUUUUUUGGAAUUUGAUGAAGUUGACAGUAGACACUGAUUGGAUGAUUAAGCUUAAGUUAAUCUCCACUGUGAUAAAAACUUAAAUAAUAAACAUGAUUUAAAAUAGAGAAGUGUUGUUGGAAUAAAAUUUUUAUCCAGAUUAUAUUUCACAAUAUUUUAUAUACAUGUCCAUUAUAAACAUGUUUCUGAGAAAAGUCUCUCAACUUUUGUAUGUGUAUAUGAGUGUGAAAACAAUGUAUUAAAUGUGAGAUUGUUGUUAUAUUAUUAAACAGAGGGAUUUAACUUACCAAGUACAUCAAACCUGGAUCUUAAAAUUCUGUCCAAGAAUUAAGAAUGUUAAGUCUAGGUAUUUACUGAUCACUGUUGUUUUUUUCUAGUAAGCUUAUUGUUAGCCAGUUUUGGUAAAUAGAGUGAUUUUAAAUUUUUCACACUUGGGCUAGAUUCUCUAAUAAAGUAAAGUUUUCAAGAAGGU